ACCAACUAUACCAACUUUCUAUUUAGUCGCCAUGCCAACCACACGAGCAAAACGCACGACUUUCCCCGAUGAUUCCUUGACCUCAUUAAUACCCAAUCAACGACAGACGACACGCAGAACACAAAAAACAAUGGCCGCAAAAGAAAAUGACCUCCAUGGCGGUCGCGAUGAACCUGAAGUAGUAGAAGCAGGUCCUGCGGCUGUCCAUGAUCUCACACCAGAUUCAGAAUCACUUAAGGUCUCGCCAUCACAGACUACAACAAGCACCCGGGCAACUCGAGCGGCACGGCGGGGAGGCAAGGACAGAGCACGAGUGUCUACAACUGCAGACCUGUCAAUGGCAGAUACGACAACCGCGGCAACAGAUGAGGUUGAAAAACCUCGUUGGCAACGAUUUGAUACAAUAGUCAUCCCUGACCGCACUCUACGCUCUUCAAAGCCUUUGACCAAAGGAAAACCUGGGGUAGACAACUGGGACCAACAGGCCGUGUCCUCUGAUACCCAGCUGGAUACAGUGUCGUCCGUAGUACCAUUACACGAUACCAAAACAACCAUCAGGGAUAAUUGGCAGGAUAACGACAAGGGUCAUCGUCAUUGGGACGAAAAAAAUGAUGAAGACAACUCCUCAUUGUUCUCAAGAUUGUCGCUCACACCCCCACCCCCACCAUUAUUGUUUGACUUGGAGGAUGAAAUAGGGACGUCAGAGAAAAUUGACAACAAAGUUACUCAAUGGGUCCCUUCGGUCUUUAGCAGCUCCUUGCCCACAUCUACACACUCUGGUCGCAACGUGCCAGGUCUGACUCUCGCAGACUUGGAACCACUUGAGUCUGGGCACAAUAGCAAUAACAACAUCAAUAACAAUGCUCACCAGCUAAUGAACAUCGACCCAGAAUCCGAAGCUUUAUGUGAUAAAGAUGCAGAGAAAGAGGAUGAUCCUUUUGGGUUCGCAAAAGUGGAUCGAUUGCUCCAGCGGAGAGACGGCAUUCAAUCAAAGCUUCUUACCAUCAACGAGAGAGAUACCACAACAUCUGGAAAUGCGAUGAAGCAGAGUAAUGAAGAACCUUUGCAGAAUCGCAACAAUAUUAAUAGCGAUGGUUUUAUUUAUAGGCUUAAGCAGAGCGCCGUGGACAGAACCGCAACUAAGAAAAGAGGCUACACAAAAGACAAGAUCGAUAUUAAGGGUAAAGGAAAGGCUGUAGAUCAACCCGAUCUUUCUAUGAUAUCGACUGCUUCCUAUAGCUACGGAAGCGAUAUCUCUGAUGCUAUGAACAAAGAUAUUCAAAUGGCCUGCCAGCUGAGUUUAGGCUUGGAUGUCACUCAAGAUGAAGGAUGUUCCUACAAAACAGAAAGGAUGACAUUGUCGAGCGAAGCUACUUCUGUACGGGACAACCAGGAUCUACAAAAUAAAAUGCCUGGAUGGACUUCUGUGUCGCCUAUAAAUCCAAGCUCACCAAUCGAGCAACUUGAAGAUAAGGAAAGCAGUGACAACAUUAAUAGAAAGGAUCUUGGAACGUCCGUACCAGCGCCAUCCACACCAAAGAAGGUUAAAAACAAAAUCUUCAUGCCGCUAGACAUCUCGUCGAGCCCUGAGUUAUCACCAUUUAUAAUGGAAAGCUCUCCCCCGAGAAAGCCUGAAGCAGGAGCACCUUCUUCUUUGGAACCGUCCUCUGUACCUGUCAAAGGAGCGCGACCACAGCAAAGAACAAAAACUUUCUUAUUGACAGAGCAGCUCGAAGCGAUGCUGCCGCGCCCUAGAAGGAAGCAGAAAGCAAAUUCUUGGCGAUCUACUCGUAAUAAGAGCGAUCAUAAGAUGGAUUCAGAGGAUGAAGCGUCUUCGUCUGAAGAGCCAUCGUCUGGAGCAGAAGAAAAAGCGGCGCCACGCCGUGGUAUUCCAACUAAGCGAGCUACAGCCUUAUCAACACGUCUAGCCAGUGCGCCUAACAAGAAGCGCCGAGUACAGGCAGAGUCGGAGACGUCUACGUCCAUCGCAAAACGUAAUCAGCAUCCUUCAAAGUCUUCAGCCGCUUCAAUGACGAUGAACUUGAAAGAUAGCAAAGGAAAAGAGAAAGGAAAGCAAGCGAAAAAAGACAAGGGUGGAUGGACCGAAUCGCAAAUCAAGACACAGCAAGAUCGGAUCAAGUACUUUCAACAAUUGGAUAAUUUUGAACUUGAGGUGGAGACAUAUUGAGAGCAAAAUAAACAUGUUCACC